AACAUCCAGCCAAACUUCAGAUGCGAAUCCUUUAAAUCUCGAAUAUGAAAAAUUGACUGCAAGACGUAAUAUUUUGACAACAAAGCUAAGCAAUUUGCAGUUGAAAGUUUGGCACAAUUGGCAGCAGACAAUUGAGAAGCGCAUUGCCCAAGGACUUGAUACCAAACUGAUGACUCGCAGUGGCAACACAAAAAUCCUUGAAAUGCAUUACUCCAGCGAACUUUUCACAUUAUUAAGGGAGACUAAAUAUUUGUUGGCCCUACAACAGGUUAACGAGAGGCAACAGCAGAUGCAGCAGCACCCUCAAUUGUUGCCACAGACUUUACUCGAUUUGUACGAACAACGCGAUGUUUUUUGGCAACGCAAGAUCAGAUUAAUGCAAAUCUCGGAAUACUAUAACGGCAUUCGCCACCAGAAUGGACAGCGAACAGCUAUCACAGAAAUGCAAUUAAUUCAUCCGUCUGUCAGUGUAAUCUAUGAACAGUUGGAUUUGGCUGCCAAAACAUUAACAUGGCGAAACUAUGAUGACAAACUAAUCGACGAAAUCUAUGUAAAAACUAAAGCACUACAUCGCAAUUUAGUGCAAACCCGAUCCAACAUAGACUUAAUAUUACAAAGCAUACAACGCUGGAGCCGUGAACCAUUGCAUCAACGUUCAAUUUAUGGUAAAAAUUUAUUAGAAAUACGACAUCAGGAGGAACGCUUACGCACUCGCCUAGUGCAAUGCGAAGAAACCAACAGUCUGCUGAAUCGUUUACUGAUUAAGAAUUUCUGUUUAUUUUUCAAUUAUGAAAUUGAUGAGAAUUACGAUGGAGGAGAUAAAAAUAUACAUGAGUUUUUACUUAACUAUCCCGAUGAUCAGCGUGAUAAGUAUACACAGUAUUUAAAGUCAAUUGAUAAAAUGAUAUAUGCCGAAAUACGCCAAUCAAUGAAAAUAAGUUUGGAGUAUUUGCUCAACGAAAUGGCAACAACCGCAACAGUGGAAACAUCACAACCACUGACAACAACAAGAACAGCAACAACAACAUCGGUAAACGAAGACCCUAUUACAACGAUGCCAACAAUUGCUGAAUCAACUGCUGCUGCUGCUACGGCUGCCGUUGAAAUGUGUGGAGUCAACCAAACAAGUGCCAUCAAAUCAAUACAAAUACUAACUGCAACAACAACACAGACACCAAUACGAACAUCAACAACAACAUUGACAGAAUUAACAGUUCCAAAAGCCACAACAGCGACGGCAACCAAACAUUUUCUACCCCACUUACUUAAGGCGAUCCAUAGCCAGCAACAACAACAAUUGCCCAAUGCUAACGACUCUGCACCCUUACAUCCAGCAAUGCGUUCCCCACUCACCCACAACACUACGAAUAACUCCCAUCCCACCAAGGACCACCACCCCUCCAUAACCACAACAACACCAACGAAAUCACCCCUUUUUGAGGUAAAAUUGCAACUACUUUAUGGCGCCCGUUGCAUCAACUUCGUACCCUCGCUCGAGACAAGUGAGCCAACAAAUUUCCAGCAAAUUGUCGAGCAACUACUCGUUGACAUCGAGAAAGCAUGCAAAUGCAUGCCGCGCAUUUUCGUAGAAGAUGACACGCCACUGACACCAGCGAGCAAUGAAUGCGACGGCGAUGUUACGUUCCAUCGGGUACAAGCGGCUCGUGUCGUAGGGCCAAGUCAAGUGUUGGCAAGAAGAAGCAGAACACAAACGACAACAGCUACAACUUCGGUGCGAUGCCCAUCAAGCGAAGACAGGGUGAUGAAUGCUACAAAUGUUGCAACAAUAACCCAAACAGGGGACAACUACGACAACAGCAACAACAACGACAACAACUACAUCUUAAAACAACUCAAUGCAGUCAUACGGAAUAUGGUUGCUGCCACUGUUAAUGCCGCCAAAGCGUAUGCCUCCAACUUUCAACAUUAUGCACAUUUAUGGAGUGAAAAAUAUUCACAAGUUCUCAAUAGACAAUUGUGUGAAAUAGCAGCAGGGGGUGAGAGGGCACGACAGAAACGGGAUGCCGCCGAUUCGCAGGUGGCAGGUGGUAAGCGUGCAACAGGAGAGGAGUAUGGCAUGAACCGAGGUUACUAUGUCAUGGAAACAUUCAAGCGUGAGAUUGAACGCUACAUUGAAAUGCAUGACGUCCUGGAACAAUUUGAUGACUUCAAAAUCAUUAACGGUUGGCUGCUCAUCGACAUUAGACCAUUGAAAUAUGCUCUGCUGAAUAUGACAUGCAAAUGGUCACAGUUUUAUAAAAAAGGACUUUUGCUUUAUGUGGAAAGGACAUUGGAGAGAUUUAACAUCUUCAUUAAACAAAGUUUCGAGCUGUUGCAACUUCAUGUGGCACGUGAUGAUUUUCGAUCACUCCUCAAAGUAUUGGAGGUGUUGGCCCGCAUUAAGAAAAAGGAAAAAUAUGCUGAUCAUCUGUUUAAGCCACUCAAGGAAAUUGUUCAGCUGCUGAAAACCUAUCAUGUACAAAUCAAUGGACAAUUUGCCCGUUCCAUUGAUCAAUUGCCGAUGCAGUGGCAGCAUCUGAAAGCGGUGGCAGCUGGAAAAAUUGAAUCGUUGCAGGACACACAACGCUAUCAACAGCAACGUGUCGCUGGUAUUUCACAACUCUUUACCUGUCAUUUGCAGACGUUUGCAAAACAGUUUCAACAAAUGGCUUUCUUCGAAACACCCUGCUCGGAGGUGUAUUCGUUGUGCGACAGCGUUUGUUUGCUUUUGCAUUGCUUCGACAUGCAACACAAACGCAUUAGCCAUUGUGCCCAGCUACUUGAUAUUGCAGCACCGGAUGAUACAGUGUUGCGGGUCUGUGCCACCGAAGUGAAACGGGUUAAGCAAUUGUGGGAUUUCGUCCAUGUCAUUGAAUCCUGCAUCAACGAUUGGCGUGCCUCACCUUGGCUACUCAUCGAUACCGAUGACAUUGAAAACGAAUGCAAACAAUUUACACGCGAUUUACGAAUCCUAGACAAAAGUAUACGCGACUGGUCGCCCUAUUUGUAUAUUGUGGGUGUUCUUAGGGAAUUAGUGGCAUCGUUGCGUACCAUCACCGAACUGCAAAAUCCUGCAAUUACCGAACGUCAUUGGCUGGAAUUGAUGCAAGAGACGCAGCUGGCCAAACGAUUUCCAUUGGAUUACCUGCUCUCCUUCAAACUGGACAACACCAGCACCCUGGACGAACUUAUGAAACUCGAACUCCACAAACACGAUGAAGAAAUUAGAAACACCGUGGACCGAGCCAUAAAAGAAAUGAACGUAACCAAAAUCCUAGAUGACAUUAAGGCGAUAUGGUCACAAAUUAAGUUCGAUCGGGAACCACAUCAAAGACGUCAGGAUAUAAUAUUACUUAAAGUCUCGGAGGGUCUCAUUGAAACCCUCGAUGAUAAUCAAAUGCAAAUUCAAAAUAUAGCCUCAUCGAAACAUGUAGAUUAUUUGCUGGAGAAGCUCAACUAUUGGCAGCGGAUUUUAAGCGGCGUGGAACUUUUCAUUUCCAAUUGGUUUGAGGUACAACGUAAAUGGGUAUAUUUGGAAUGUAUUUUCAUUGGAUCACCCGACAUAAGGGCUCAGCUUCCUAAGGAAUCGCAAUUCUUCGAAGAAAUUGAUGAAGAAUUUAUUGACCUACUCUCAAAAAUUCAAAAUGUCAAAAUUGCCAUGGACAUUGUGAUCGAUCAUCGUUAUGUCUUCGAAGCCUUGGAGCACCUACAGAAACGCCUGCUAAUUUGUGAAAAGGCUUUGAAUAAUUAUUUGGAAACAAAGCGGUUAGCAUUCCCUCGUUUCUACUUCAUAUCCUCAGCCGAUUUACUGGACAUCCUUUCCAAUGGCAAUAAUCCGCAGAUAAUCGAAAGGCAUUUCAUUAAAUUAUUCGAUUCCAUUCUAAGGCUUUCUUUUGCCUCAUAUCGCACCAAUAAUGCCAUCGGAAUGUAUUCCAAAGAAAAUAAUGAAUAUGUACCUUUCAUCUCCUGCGAUGGGAUACUCUGUGAGGGUCGCGUUGAACUAUGGCUACAAAUACUGAUUACCGAAAUGCGUCACACCUUACACCAGCUGUUUAGCAAAGCUCUGCAGGUGCAAUCGGAAAAGCCACGCGAUAAAUGGCUCAAUGAUUGGCCAGCCCAGGUUGCCCUGUGCUGCAGUCAAAUCUCAUGGACCGCUGAUGUUAAUCGGGCCUUUGCCUGGAUGGAGGAGGGUUACGAGGCUGCCAUGAAAGAUUUACACAAAAAUCAAAUAAUACAGCUAAACUCAUUGAUUAAUCUGCUGUUGGGUGAAUUGACUCCCGGAGAUCGUCAAAAAAUUAUGACCAUCUGCACAAUUGAUGUUCAUUCGAGGGAUGUUGUUUCGCGAAUUAUCCAGGCAAGGGUUGAUAGUUCAUUCGCCUUUCAAUGGCAAAGUCAGUUAAGGCAUCGUUGGACGGAGUUGGAAAGAGGAGAGGAUUCGCUGAUCAACGAAGAUUGCUUUGCCAAUAUUUGUGAUGCGGAAUUUCGUUAUGCCUAUGAAUAUUUGGGUAAUACUUCCAGGUUGGUCAUAACACCACUAACAGAUCGUUGUUAUAUUACGUUGACACAGUCAUUGCAUCUUGUGAUGGGUGGUGCCCCUGCCGGGCCGGCUGGUACUGGCAAAACGGAAACCACAAAAGAUUUGGGCCGUGCACUGGGUGUAAUGGUUUAUGUAUUCAAUUGUUCCGAACAAAUGGACUACAAAUCCUGUGGUAAUAUAUACAAAGGUCUGGCACAGACAGGAGCAUGGGGCUGCUUUGAUGAGUUCAAUCGCAUUUCCGUGGAGGUACUGUCUGUGGUUGCGGUACAAGUUAAGACCAUACAGGAGGCAAUAAAGAUGCAUAAAUCCCAAUUUGUAUUCAUGGGCGAAACAAUAGCCUUGAUGCCAUCGGUGGGAAUUUUUAUUACCAUGAAUCCCGGUUAUGCAGGACGCACAGAGUUACCGGAAAAUUUAAAAUCCCUAUUUCGCCCGUGUGCCAUGAUUGUACCCGAUUUUGCCUUGAUUUGUGAAAUAAUGUUAAUGGCGGAGGGUUUUCAGGAUGCCCGCCUCUUGGCCAGGAAAUUCAUAACCUUGUACACCCUAUGCAAGGAAUUGCUAUCCAAACAGGAUCAUUAUGAUUGGGGUCUGAGAGCGAUCAAAUCGGUGCUAGUCGUUGCUGGCACCCUGAAACGUGAUGAUCACAGCCGUCCUGAAGAUCAAGUUCUGAUGAGGGCUUUACGAGAUUUCAACAUACCAAAAAUCGUUACCGAAGAUAUUUCCAUAUUUAUGGGCCUGAUAGGAGAUCUCUUCCCCGCCCUGGAUGUACCACGAAAGCGAGUAUUUGAAUUCGAGAAAAUCAUACGUCGAGCCGUGAACGACAUCAAACUACAGCCGGAAGAAGGCUUCCUCAUGAAGGUGGUUCAACUGCAAGAGCUACUCGAUGUUCGACAUUCCGUAUUUAUUGUCGGCAAUGCGGGGACAGGAAAGACACAAAUUUGGCAAACACUUCGUGAGACAUAUCGGCUGCAAAAACGAAAACCUGUUUGCAGUAUUUUAAACCCCAAGGCUUUGACGAAUGAUGAACUGUUUGGGGUGGUAAAUGCCACCACGCGAGAAUGGAAGGAUGGCCUAUUCUCGUCGAUAAUGCGUGAGCAAGCCAAUCUCAAUAAUGAUCAUCCGAAAUGGAUAGUGCUGGAUGGUGAUAUCGACCCGAUGUGGAUUGAAAGUCUCAACACCCUAAUGGAUGAUAAUAAAAUUCUGACCUUGGCGAAUAAUGAGAGGAUUGCGUUGAAGAAGGAAAUGCGUUUGAUAUUCGAAGUGGGUCAUUUGAAAGCGGCAACACCGGCAACUGUUUCGAGGGCAGGGAUUUUGUAUAUUAAUCCCCUGGAUUUGGGAUGGUCACCCUAUGUAUUAUCCUGGCUGGAGACCCGCACCGAUAUGCUGGAACGUGGCAUCCUCACAACGCUCUUUGAAAAGUAUUUCCCAAAGUUAUUACAACGUCAUCAGGAUUUUCGUCACAUAGUUCCAAUAUCCGAUAUGGCUGUCAUUCAAAUGUCCUGCAAUCUCCUGGAAUGUCUAUUGGACUAUCAGCAGGACGAAGAGGCGGAAUUUCAACAAAACUUUAACCCAAAUAACCCUCACAGUUUACAUCAUGCCGGUUUACCUUCUGACUCUUUGGAACUACAUUUAGAGCUGAUAUUUGUGUAUUCGGUACUUUGGGCUUUCGGAUCAUCUCUGAGUCAGGAUCACACCAUCGAUUGGCGUCGGGAAUUUCAAAAAUGGUGGUCCACCGAAUUUAAGGAUAUUAAACUACCAUCACAGGGGACCAUCUACGAUUAUCAUUUGGAUGUGAGGACACAGAAAUUUAUACGUUGGUCGGAUAUGGCAGGUCAGCUUCCGUUACAAGUGGAAUUUCAAACACCAGUACAGAACAUCAUGAUACCCACCUUUGAAACGGUGCGCCUAAUGCACUUCCUCGAAUUGCUGAUAAAUCGCAAUUUACCCUGCAUGUUGGUGGGCAAUUCAGGUUGUGGUAAAAAUACAAUAUUUCGGGAAUUAUUUUCGAAGUAUGCCCAAGCUUUGGAUGCCAUGGAUGUAAAUUCUGCCCCGAUAGAAACACAGCGAUGUUCAUUUCAAUCCCAAUUGAAGCCAUUAGCCACCACGGUUCAAUCGAUCCAUUUCAAUUAUUAUACCUCAUCGGAAAUUUUCCAAAAAGUCCUCGAUCGGCCAUUGGAAAAGAAGUCGGGACGCACUUAUGGUCCGGUGGGAGCUAAAAGACGUUUGGUCUACUUCAUCAAUGAUCUGAAUAUGCCCGAAGUGGAUGCCUAUGGGACCGUACAACCUCAUACAAUUAUGCGACAAUUUAUGGACUAUAGGCAAUGGUACGAUCGCCAAUGUUUACAAUUGAAAAAUAUACGCAACUGUCAAUUUGUGGGCUGCAUGAAUCCCACGGCUGGGUCUUUCACCAUCGAUCCUCGUUUGCAGAGACAUUUCUGCGUCUUCUCAGUGGCACCACCUAGCGAAGCUACACUCCAAUAUAUUUACGGAAGAAUUUUAUCCACACACCUCGACAACCCUUUGAAUACUUUUAGCAAAGAAAUCAAAUCCAUUGCACCACUCCUGGUACGAGUUGGUAUAGCUUUACAUCGCCGAAUGGAGGCCUCAUUUCUACCGACUGCCGUAAAAUUCCAUUACAUCUUCAAUAUGCGUGAUUUAACAAAUAUCUACCAGGGUCUAAUGAAUAGUUGUGGUGUACCCGCUGAGGCUAAUAAUGUUGGAAAUAUAACCUCCUUGGGUGGUACCGUCUGUUCGAAGCCUUCAGAUCUUAUACGCCUAUAUGUCCAUGAGGCAUAUCGUACCUAUAAUGACCGCCUGGUAGAUCCUUAUGAUAUCAAGGCCUUCAAUUCGGCCAUAAGAGAUAUUUUCAAAAAAGAUUUUGAAGAUUUCGAUGAGGAUUUUGUAUUCUCAGAUCCCUUGAUAUAUUGCCACUUUGCUCAAUCUCUGGCCGAUCAGAAAUAUAUGCCGUUGAAAAAUUGGCAGGCACUAUAUCAGCUGUUAAUGGAGGCCCAGGCGAGCUAUAAUGAAGUUAUUGGCUAUAUGAAUCUGGUGCUUUUCGAAGAUGCCAUGAAACAUGUAUGUCGCAUUAAUCGCAUAUUGGAAAGUCCCCGCAACAAUGCCUUACUUGUGGGUGUUGGCGGCUCCGGCAAACAAACACUAGCCCGUCUGGCCUCCUUUAUUUCCUCGUUCAGCGUAUGCCAGAUACAAAUCAAACGUGGCUAUGGCCUGCAGGAUAUGAAGGAAGACAUUGCAGCGCUUUGCAUGAAAGUUGGCCUGAAAAAUGUGGCAUCCGUAUUUCUAAUGUCCGAUGCCCAAUUACCCGAGGAAAAUUUACUAAUGCUCAUCAAUGAUUUACUGGCAACCGGAGAGAUACCAGAACUUUUUGCCGACGAUCAAAUGGAAGUCAUUGUCAAUGGGAUACGCAAUGAAGUGAAACAGUCCGGCACACUGGAUACUCGUGAAAAUUGUUGGCGUUUCUUUGUCGAGAAGGUUCGACGGCUGCUGCGUUUAAUUUUGUGUUUUUCACCCGUCGGCCAGGCUUUGAGGGUAAGGGCUAGGAAAUUUCCCGCCAUCCUGACACAGACCACAAUCGAUUGGUUUCAUGAAUGGCCGAAGACGGCGCUGCAGUCAGUGUCACAACAAUUUUUGGGUGAAAUAGACAAUGGUAUUUUGCCGCCCCCUCUCAUUGAACCCAUUGGCUGUUUCAUGGCCUAUGUACAUGGCACCGUGAAUCAAAUAUCCAAGAUUUAUUUACAAAACGAAAAACGUUACAACUACACAACCCCAAAGACCUUUCUGGAAUAUAUUUUCCUGUACCGCAAAUUAUUGGUCGACCGUAGUGGCGAACAUACGAGACGCAUACAACGGCUGCAGAGCGGCAUGGCCAAAUUGGCAGAAUGUGCCAGCCAAGUUGAUACCCUAAAGAAUCAAUUAGCUGUGCAGGAAAUUCAAUUGACUGCCAAAAAUGCUGCUGCCGACAAACUGAUACUGAUUGUCAGUGCCGAAAGUGAAAAGGUGAAAUAUGAAAAACAUAUCGCCUCCGAGGAAGAGAAGCGAGUACGAAUCAUAGAAGAGGAUGUUUGUAUUAAAACGAAAAUGUGUGAAGAAGAUUUACGGAAGGCUGAACCGGCCUUGGUAGCGGCCCAGGCAGCUCUAAACACCUUGAAUAAAAAUAAUCUAACGGAGUUGAAAUCAUUUGGUUCGCCACCCAAGGCCGUGGUUAAUGUUUGUGCUGCGGUUAUGGUGCUCUUUGCCAAUAAUGGUAAAAUACCGCGGGAUCGUAGCUGGAAGGCUGCUAAAUUGAUGAUGGUGCGGGUCGAUCAAUUCCUCAACGAUUUGGUCAAUUACAACAAGGAUAAUAUACAUCCGAAUAUCAUUGAGGUCCUGCAGGGGUAUUUGAAGGAUCCCGAAUUCAAUCCCGAUAAAAUUGUACAAAAGUCCGUAGCCGCCGCAGGUCUUUGCGCCUGGGUCAUUAACAUCCAUCGUUAUCAUCAAGUUUUCUUGGUCGUUGGUCCAAAACAACAGGCUCUCAAAGAUUCUCAAAAUGAAUUGGCCGAGGCGAGGCAACGUUUGGAUUACUUGAAGCAGAAAAUUAAUGAUUUAGAACGAAAGCUCAGCGAAAUUCAAUCGGAAUUUGAAGAUGCCAUAGCUUCGAAACAAAAAUGCCAACAGGAAGCGGAUAAGACUACAUUUACAAUAGAUUUGGCCCAUCGCUUGGUUAAUGGUUUGGCUAAUGAAAAUGAACGGUGGCGGGAAUCGAUUCAAAGUUUACAAUCAAAAAGUGCUACACUACCUGGUGAUAUCCUGCUAAUUUCCUCUUUUCUAUCGUAUGCUGGUUGUUUUACACGUCGUUAUCGUGAGGAGCUGCAACAGCAAAUGUGGCUGCCAAGCUUUCGACGGAUAGAGCCAGCCAUUCCGCACACGGAUGGUGUGGAUUAUUUGGCCUUGUUUACGGAUGAUGCACAAAUUGCCACCUGGAAUAAUGAAGGUUUGCCCAUGGAUCGUAUGUCCACAGAGAAUGCUACAAUAUUGGUGCAUUCAACGCGGUGGCCACUGAUGAUCGAUCCGCAAUUACAAGGCAUCAAAUGGAUCAAAAAUCGUUAUGGCGACAAGUUGGUGGUCCUGCGUCUCAGCCAAAAACAUUUCCUGGAGACCCUUGAAAAGGCAAUGGGAAAUGGUGAUACUGUCCUCCUUGAACAAAUUGAGGAAUCUGUGGAUACCGUACUCGAACCUCUGUUAAGUCGGGCUUUAAUCAAACGUGGACGCUUUAUACGCCUGGGCGACAAGGAAUUGGACUUCAAUCCAAAUUUCCGAUUAAUCCUACACACCAAAUUGGCAAAUCCCCACUAUAAACCUGAAAUGCAGGCCCAGACCACACUGAUUAAUUUCACCGUUACCCAAGAUGGCCUAGAGGAGCAACUACUGGCAGAAGUGGUAAAAAUCGAAAGACCCGAUUUGGAAGAAAUGAAAACCAAUGUUACGAUACAGCAGAAUAAAUUCAAAAUUUCCCUAAAACAUUUGGAAAAUGACCUCUUGGCCCGCUUAGCCUCAGCUGGAGAAAAUGUCCUCGAUGAUCAUGAGCUAGUUUCCAAUUUGGAAUCCACGAAGCAGACAGUUGAUGAAAUUGAAGUGAAGGUGAAUGAGGCUCGCAUUACCACCCUGCAAAUAGAUGAAGCUCGUAAUAUGUAUCGAACGGCUGCGAAGCGGGCAUCCAUCCUCUAUUUUGUACUCUCCGAUUUGAGUCGCAUAAAUCCGAUUUAUCGUUUCUCCUUGAAAUCAUUUAUGCAGGUUUUCAAACAGGCCAUAAUCUCAGCACCAACACACCGGGUAAAUGAACGCCGAGUUGCCGCUCUCGUCGAAGCCAUAACCUCACAAACCUUUUAUUUUGCUUUGCGGGGGCUCUUCGAGGUCGACAAGUUGACAUUUACCGCCCACAUGACCUUGAGAAUAAUGUCAGCUUCAGAACAAAUUUCCCGUGAUGAAUUGGAUUUUUUGUUACGAUUUCCUCAUGAUCCGAACACUUUGCCGCCUGUGGAUUUUGUUGGACGUACUGCCUGGGGUGGUAUAAAGUCGCUGGCAUUGAUGGAUAAUUUCUAUGGCAUUGAUAAGGAUAUUGAAAAUUACCCGAAGCGUUGGAGAAAAUUUGUGGCAAGUGAUUUGCCGGAAUGUGAGCAGUUCCCAGGGGAAUGGAAGCACAGGACACCAUUGCAAAAAUUGUGUAUUAUAAGGGCUCUGAGGCCGGAUCGUGUUACGAGUGCAAUAAGACUCUUCGUGGAACAGACCAUGGGUCGGCAGUAUUCCAGUGUCAAGACAUUCCAAUUCUCCGACAUCUUCAACGAAGUUACUGCAGCUACUCCUAUAUUUUUCGUGCUCUGCCCGGGAGUCGACCCCAUUUACGAUGUUGAACGUUUAGGCCAGCAAAUGGGCUUCACUUCGAACAACAAUAACUUAUUAAAUAUUUCCCUGGGCCAGGGUCAAGAAAUGUUAGCCGAACAGGCUCUGCAGCAAGCCCUUACCUCCGGCAAUCAAUGGGUGGUAUUUCAAAAUAUCCACCUGGUUGCGAAUUGGUUACCCACCCUGGAGAAACUUAUCGAACGUCUUACCAAUCAACCGGAAAGUUUCCUCAACAGCAAUUUCCGAUUAUUCAUUAGUGCCGAACCUGCACCAGAUCCACAAUAUCACAUUAUACCCCAAGGCAUUUUGGAAUCCUCCCUGAAAAUUGUCAAUGAACCUCCUUCCGGGAUGGCUGCCAACAUGCAUCAGGCAUGGGAUAACUUCUCCCAGGAAACCCUGGAAAGUUGUACCCAGGAGGCGGAAUUUAAAUCGAUAUUAUUUGCCCUAUGUUAUUUCCAUGCAGUGGCAGGUCAGCGAAGAAAAUUUGGUCCAUUGGGUUGGAAUAAGGUGUACCCCUUCAAUGUGGGCGAUUUGACAAUAUCCGCCUCGGUACUCCACAACUACUUGGAGGGCAGUAAUCGUAUACCUUGGGAAGAUCUGCGUUAUCUAUUCGGUGAAAUAAUGUAUGGAGGUCACAUUACCGAUGAUUGGGAUCGUCGUUUGUGUCAAACAUAUUUGGCGGAAUUGUUGCAGCAGGAUUUAGUUGAUGGGGAUUUGGAACUCUGCCCAGGGUUUCCUUCACCACCCAACUUAGAUUUUCAAGGUUAUCACAAAUACAUCGAUGAAAUGUUACCCGAUGAAUCGCCCCUGCUCUAUGGUCUACAUCCGAAUGCAGAAAUUGGCUUUCUCACCAGUGCCUCGGAACAGUUACUGAAAACUGUUUUCGAAUUGCAACCCCGUCAAUCGGAACUCACCACAACCUGCAGUGCUCCCCGUGAGGAAUUGGUAAAAAUUAUGGCUGAAGAUUUUCUCGACAAACUGCAAGUGGAAUUCAAUCUGCACGCACUCCUUAAUCGCAUUGAACGUAAAACCCCCUUCGUAGUGGUGGCCCUGCAAGAAUGCGAACGCAUGAAUGCUUUAAUUCAAGAAAUAAAGAGAUCCCUGCGUGAAUUGAUGUUGGGACUGAAGGGUGAAUUAACUAUUACUUCGGAUAUGGAACAUUUAGAUCAUUCUUUGUUCUAUGAUCAUGUGCCCGAGUCAUGGACUAAUUUAGCCUAUCCCAGUAUGUUGGGCCUGCAAAGUUGGUUUGCCGAUCUACUACAUCGUAUUAAAGAACUGUCAUUGUGGUUGAAUGAUUUUAAAUUACCCUGCACCAUAUGGUUGGGUGGGCUGUUUAAUCCGCAGAGUUUUUUAACGGCCAUUAUGCAGGAGAGUGCUAGGAAGCAUGAUCUCCCCUUGGAUCGCAUGUGUCUAUGCUGUGAGGUUACCAAAAAGGAUGUGGAGAGUAUAACAUUACCACCUAUGGAUGGAGCCUUCGUGCAUGGUCUGUAUUUGAAUGGAGCCAGUUGGGAUUGUCAAUUGAAUUCGAUAGUACCGUUAAAUCCCAAGGAACUGCUAUGUUCCAUGCCAGUGAUUUGUAUUAAAGCCAGUGUACAAGAGAGACAUGAUACGCAUCAUGUGUACGAGUGUCCUCUUUACAAGACGAGAUCACGUGGCAACACCUAUGUUUGGACAUUUAAUUUAAAAUCACGAUCGCCAAAAUCCAAAUGGAUUUUAGGAGGUGUGGCCCUACUAUUACAACCUUAAACAAUAUCG